UUCAUCAUUUUUAUUUAAAUGGAUCAACGUAGAUUUAAAUGGGCUUCAAGUUUGGAAGAAGUACUAUCAGACUUUGAUGCUCUUCAGCUUUUUCAAUCGUGGAUGGGAGUUGACGAUGAUAGCAGUGAGCAUCCAUUACGUCUUCAUUAUGCUAUUAUUGCUUAUCGUGCAAUGUUAAGCAGAAACGACCCGCGUGUGAUGCAACUUGCUAGAGAGAUUUAUAACAAAUUUCUGCGUCCCAAAAGUGGUCUAUGUGCCUUCAUUGAUCCAAUAAUUCGUGAACGUGUGGGUCAAUGUCUUCGACAAUCAACUAUAUGCCCUCCUAAUCUCUUUGAUGAGUGCCUUCCAUCAAUAGAUACCUUUUUGCGAAGACAACAUGCCAUAUUCGGUAGCUAA